CCCGUCCACGUUUGCCGGUGAAAUCACCUGGAAGAGAUUUUAAGAAAAUGCAAGUUCCGGUCCCCUCCACCCCCACCCUCCCACCUCAGGAGAAUUCCCUACUAACCCUUGGAAGGAACUGAAGGAAAGGUUUCUUUAAAAGUAAUUGAAGAGAAUAACUCAAAAUGCCAGAAAAUCCUGCCCUAGAUAAACUGCAGGUUCUGCAGGUUCUUGAGCGCCUGAAAAUGAAAUUGCAGGAGAAGGGUGACAUGUCGCAGAAUGAGAAGCUGUCUACGUUUUAUGAGACUCUAAGGAGUCCUCUCUUCAACCAGAUACUUACACUUCAGCAGUCCAUCAAGCAACUGAAGGGGCAACUCAGUCAUAUACCCUCAGAUUGUUCAGCCAACUUUGAUUUUUCCAGAAAAGGGUUAUUAGUGUUUACAGAUGGUUCCAUCACUAAUGGGAAUGCCCAUAGGCCCUCCAAUAACUUGGCUGUAUCUGGGUUAUUUCCUUGGACCCCUAAGUUGGGAAAUGAAGACUUCAACUCAAUUGUUCAGCAGAUGGCUCAGGGCCGGCAAAUUGAGUAUAUAGAUAUAGAACGGCCUUCAACUGGAGGCCUUGGAUUCAGUGUGGUGGCCCUUCGAAGUCAAAAUCUGGGAGAAGUUGAUAUCUUCGUGAAGGAAGUACAGCCAGGCAGUGUAGCAGACAGGGAUCAAAGGUUAAAGGAAAAUGACCAGAUAUUGGCCAUUAAUCACACGCCACUGGAUCAGAACAUUUCCCAUCAGCAAGCAAUUGCAUUAUUACAACAAACCACUGGAUCUUUGCGUCUGGUUGUGGCCAGAGGUCCAGUCCACACAAGAAGCAGUACUUCCACCAGCCUAAGUGAUACAACUCUGCCUGAAACCGUUCGCUGGGGCCGUGUUGAAGAUGUUGAGCUCAUUAAUGAUGGCUCUGGAUUAGGUUUUGGAAUAGUUGGAGGAAAAUCAAGUGGUGUGGUUGUGAGGACUAUAGUUCCUGGAGGAUUAGCAGAUCGAGAUGGAAGACUCCAGACAGGGGACCACAUCUUGAAGAUUGGUGGCACAAAUGUGCAGGGAAUGACCAGUGAGCAAGUUGCACAAGUGCUGAGGAACUGUGGGAAUUCGGUCAGGAUGCUUGUUGCUAGAGACCCAACUGGUGAAAUUUCAGUAACCCCUCCUACCCCUACAGCCUUACCUGUUGCCCUGCCUGCUCAAGCCAACAGGAGCCCUGGUUCUGACAAUUCUACUCUUUUUGAAACUUACAAUGUUGAACUCAUUAAACAGGAUGGGCAGAGUCUAGGAAUUAGAAUUGUUGGCUAUGUUGGAAAUUCUCAUACAGGGGAAGCUUCUGGGAUUUAUGUGAAAAGCAUAAUACCUGGCAGUGCCGCAUACCACAAUGGCCAAAUUCAAGUGAAUGACAAAAUAGUUGCUGUUGAUGGUGUGAAUAUUCAAGGUUUUGACAACAAAGAUGUUGUUGAAGUACUAAGAAAUGCAGGGCAGGUGGUGCAUUUAACCCUAGUUCGAAGGAAGACAUCCUUAUUUGAUCCUCCACUUGAACAGCCUUCAGACAGAGGGGCUUCUGUAGAACCACCAAAAAUACCGGCCCUCUUUCUAACUGGAGCUGUGGAAACAGAAACUAAUUUGGAUGAUGAAGAUGAGGAAAUUGAAGAAAGAAUGGAUAAUCAAAAAAAUGACAACAUACAAGUCUUAGAAAAACUGGAAAGAGUCCCAGACUCUCCAGAAAAUGAGCUGAAAUUCAGAUGGGAAAACCUAUUGGGCCCUGAUUAUGAAGUAAUGGUUGCCACUUUGGACACACACAUUGCAGAUGAUGCCGAGUUACAGAAAUAUUCAAAGCUGUUGCCUAUUCAUACUCUGAGGCUUGGUGUGGAAGUGGAUUCCUUUGAUGGACACCAUUACAUCUCUUCGAUUGUUCCAGGUGGCCCUGUUGCUACACUGAAUCUCUUACAGCCAGAGGAUGAGCUUCUUGAGGUCAAUGGUGUGCAACUCUAUGGAAAAUCUCGCCGAGAAGCAGUCUCCUUUCUUAAAGAAGUGCCACCCCCUUUUACCUUAGUUUGCUGUCGACGGUUGUUUGAUGAUGAGGCCUCUGUAGAUGAACCAAGGGCCACUGAACCCUCUCUUCUUGAGCUGGAGGUAGACCACAAUAUAGAUGUCAAUACUGAAGAAGAUGAUGAUGGGGAGUUAGCACUAUGGUCUCCUGAAGUCAAUAUUGUUGAGCUAGUGAAAGAUCAUAAGGGCUUGGGAUUCAGCAUUUUGGAUUACCAGGAUCCCUUAGAUUCUACAAAAUCAGUUAUCGUGAUUCGUUCUCUGGUGGCGGAUGGUGUGGCAGAAAGAGAUGGAGGGCUUUUACCUGGAGAUCGCUUGGUCUCAGUCAAUGAAUACUGUUUGGACAACGCCACGCUUGCUGAAGCUGUGGAAGUAUUGAAAGCUGUGCCACCAGGGACUGUCCGCCUUGGCAUCUGUAAGCCUUUGGUGGAAGAUGAAAAAGAAGAAAGUCAUUGUAUUUUACAUUCAAGCAAUAAUGAAGACAAGCCUGAACUUUCAGGAACAAUUCAUGAUAUAAAUUCAUCUUUAAUACUUGAAGCACCCAAGGAAUUUAGAGAUGAACCAUAUUUUAAAGAAGAACUCGUGGAUGAGCCAUUUCCAGACUUGGGAAUGCCUUUCCAGUCCCAACAAAAAGAGAUAGACAACAGUAAGGAGGCCUGGGAGAUGCAUGAAAUUAUGCCUUCUAGAUUGCAGGAAAUGAGUGAAGAAAGAGAAAUGCUUGUUGAUGAAGAAUAUGAUCUGUAUCAAGAUCCUUUGCAGUCUGUGGAUUUGUAUUCCUCAUCGCAUGUUCAAGAGGCCACUCCUGUUCCCUCCAUAGAGGAACUUCACUUUGGGACACAGUGGUUACAUGAUAGUGAACCACCUGAGCCUCAAGAAGGAAGAUCCAUGAUGAGUUUAUAUGCCCAGGAGACACAGCAGUAUGGCUAUAGCACUGAAAACAUGAUGAAAGAAAAUUUUGGCAUCGAUUCCCUAUCCUCCAUAACCUCUGCUGAAGGCAACAGUCAACGAGGCAGAUUUGAUGAUCUGGAAAAUCUUAAUUCAUUAACUGAAAGCAGUCUGGAUUUAGAAACGAUGAUUCCGAAUGAUGUUCAAGGGCCUGGCUUGCUAGUUGACCUUCCUGCUGCGGCUCACAGAAGGGAUCAAGAAGAAUUGCCUUUAUACCAACUCCCCAGGACCCAAGUUGUUUCAAAAGCCUCAACAUACACAGGAAUGUUGUCUCCUAGAUAUGCCACUAAUCCAUGUGAGUUACCUGAGAGAGAAGAAGGUGAAGGAGAGGAAACUCCCAACUUCAGCCACUGGGGUCCACCAAGAAUUGUUGAGAUUUUUAGAGAACCUGAUGUGUCUCUUGGAAUCAGUAUUGUUGGUGGACAAACUGUUAUAAAACGCCUAAAGAAUGGAGAGGAGCUUAAAGGUAUAUUUAUCAAACAAGUUUUAGAAGACAGUCCAGCAGGAAAAACAAAAGCUCUUAAAACUGGAGAUAAAAUACUUGAGGUGUCUGGAGUAGAUUUGCAGAAUGCCUCACACAAAGAAGCAGUUGAGGCCAUUAAGAAUGCGGGAAACCCCGUGGUAUUUGUUGUACAGAGCUUGUCACCUACUCCAAGAAUCAUUCCUGGUGUGCAUAAUAAGAUCAGCAAAAUCGUCAGUAACCAAAACCAAGACGACCAUGAAAAAAAAGAAAAGAGGCGAGGAAAUGCACCACCUCCAAUGAAACUACCCCCUCCUUAUAGAGUUCCUUCUGAUGACAGUGAUGAAAAUGAAGAAGAACCUGCAUUUACGGACAAGAAAAUCAGGCAAAGAUAUGCAGACUUGCCUGGAGAAUUGCAGAUUAUUGAACUUGAAAAGGAUAAGAAUGGACUUGGACUCAGCCUUGCUGGUAAUAAAGACAGGUCACGCAUGAGCAUAUUUGUGGUGGGAAUUAAUCCCGAAGGACCUGCUGCCACAGAUGGAAGAAUGCGUAUUGGAGAUGAACUGUUAGAGAUAAACAAUCAGAUCCUGUAUGGAAGAAGUCACCAAAAUGCAUCUGCCAUUAUUAAGACUGCUCCAACAAAGGUGAAGUUGGUUUUCAUUAGAAUGCCUGUGUCCUUUGGGCUGCCCAACAUACACACAGACAGUCACAUAUAUAAUAUAACUAGUCUUGGUGGAACAGAUCAGAGUGGCACCGAACCUGUUAGUAGUGAGGAAGAUGGCAGUCUCGAAGUUGGUAUUAAACAAUGGCCUGAAAGUGAAAGCUCCAAAAUGGUGAGAAUUCUGGGUAUUUUUCAACCAGUGUUCUUUUUAAGGAUUCAUGGAGUGUGCAAGCUGAGCUGCGUGUCCUUGACAUGCGUCUUUGCCAGUCAUUCUGUGUUCAUUCCUUUUCCAGGUGGUUUCCAGGCCCUUCUGUCAGUGGACCCUGAAACGUGCCCCAUUGUCCCUGGCCAGGAAAUGAUUAUAGAAAUAUCCAAGGGACGUUCAGGCCUUGGUCUCAGCAUUGCUUUUCACUGGUUGAGUCGAGGAGCUCCAGCAGAGACAUGGUGCAGGCAGAGAGCCUCUGCUAUCAGCAGCCCAUCACUGAUGCCAUUGUUGCAGGUUAAUGGAGUUGACCUAAGGAGUGCCAGCCAUGAGGAGGCCAUCACAGCCCUGAGGCAGACCCCCCAGAAGGUGCAGCUGGUGGUGUACAGAGAUGAGGCACACUACAGGGAUGAGGAAAACUUGGACAUUUUUCCUGUGGAUCUGCAGAAGAAGGUCGGCCGAGGACUGGGCCUGAGCAUCGUUGGGAAACGAAAUGGAAGUGGAGUGUUUAUUUCUGACAUCGUGAAAGGUGGAGCUGCAGACCUUGAUGGCAGAUUGAUUCAGGGAGAUCAGAUCUUAUCUGUGAAUGGAGAGGACAUGAGAAAUGCCUCACAGGAGACUGUGGCCACAGUCCUCAAGUGUGCUCAGGGGCUCGUACAGCUAGAGAUUGGGAGACUUCGCGCUGGUUCCUGGCCCUCCUCGAGGAAGACAUCACAGAAUAGUCAGGGGAGUCAACACAGCACACCCGGCAGCUUUCCUCUUUCCCUCACGCCUGUCGUCUCCAGCCUGCAGAACCUGGUCGGCCCAAAAAGAGCUUCCAAUCCUUCCCCAAAAGAUCCAGGCACAGAUAUGGAACCAAGGACUGUUGAAAUAAUCCGGGCUCUCGAUGAUGCCCUUGGAAUCAGUAUUGCUGGAGGAAAAGGAAGUCCCUUAGGAGAUAUCCCUAUAUUUAUUGCCAUGAUUCAGGCCAGUGGAGUGGCAGCACGUACACAGAAGCUUAAAGUUGGAGAUCGGAUUGUCAGCAUUAAUGGGCAACCUUUGGAUGGGCUUUCUCAUGCGGAUGUGGUUAAUCUACUAAAGAAUGCUUAUGGGCGCAUUAUCCUGCAGGUUGUAGCGGAUACCAAUAUAAGCACCAUAGCAACUCAACUUGAAAGCAUGUCUACAGGCUACCAUUUUGGUUCACCCACUGCUGAACACCAUCUGGAAGACACAGAAACACCUCCACCUAAGAUUAUUACUUUGGAGAAAGGCUCUGAAGGAUUGGGGUUUAGUAUUGUAGGGGGUUAUGGAAGUCCCCAUGGAGACCUGCCAAUUUAUGUCAAGACUAUAUUUGCAAAGGUAUUUUUUUCCUUUUUACUGUACUUUUUCUUUUUUCUUUUUUAAAUCAAACCUAGGUGAGAUUUAAAAAGAAAAGUGUUUUGCUUUACUUUGGACUAAACUGGAUGUGUGCAUGUAUGCUUAUUUCAUUUGAGUAUUAUAGGAAACUCCAGCACCAGAUGAGUGAAAGAUGAGUUCUUUUGUGGAUUCAUAAGAUGUGUACUUUUCUUUGGACCCUAUUAUAGAAGUAGAGGCUAACAAGUUUUAAAGAGGAUCUUCUUUCAGCAAUACAGUAUAAGGAGCAGCGCUGUGCUCUUUGGAAGUUAGCCUUAGAAGUAUUGUUCUGGGCUAGAACAGGAUUUGGCUUUUUCCUUUAAGAAACAAUAUCAGACACUGGAGAGCUGAGGCAUAAAGCUUUGUUCAAGCCUCGGAUCAGUGUAAGCGUUAAUGCCUGCCCAUCACAGAAAAUCUCAAGACACUUUAGCGUUUAAGACAGUUUUUCUUUUCCAAUACUCUGCUAAGUACUUGAGGAUCAGCUCAAUAGGUUAGACUAAAACUAGAUAAUAAAUGUUUUUCGGGAAUUAGCAAUACUACUUC